UAUUGAACGUGCGUCACUAUAAUGCCAGCAAAGUGUGAAAAUGGCAGAAAUCUCAGAAAUUCUAGACCUCUUAUGGAAUCCUCCCCGAAAACGUGACCGCCAUCCUGAAAUGCCAAGCCCGAACCGUUUCAAGCCCGAGGAUUUCGGUUACUACAAAAAAUGGGGUUUUGCGAUUUAUCGCACAUAUCAUGGCGCUGAAUCGGAUCAACACUGGAACGUUCUUCUCCAAGCAUUGAGGCAACAAACGCCACUGUCCAUCGGGUUUUACGAGAGUGACGAGGCUGAAGAGCUCUGGAAGAGGCACAGGAAUUGGCGCCACGGGUAUUACAAAAAGAGGGAACACUACUUAGCCUCACUGGACAUAUUCAAGAGCUUGUUUCGUCUAUUUCCACAUGAAGAUCCUUCUCAUCUUGAGGGUCUCGAUAUCAAUGGCAUACGAGAGGUUUGCCGGAAGCAACAUCAUGAGGCAAAUCAGAAGAUGGCAGGGGCUAAGUUCUGUUUCGCACUGGUUGCUGACGAGGCGGUACUGGAUGGCAUCGCACGAAACGAAUUCGUGGUUAAGGCAGUCGGCUACGACUGGGAUCGUAUCGACCACGGUGGCUGGGGUUGGGUGCGACUGGAAACAGGCCGUUUGCUUGAACUUUGGGAAGCACUUCUGCUUGCUGAUGUGCAAUCUACCAACAAGUAUUACUGGAUGAAGUGUGAUGGCCCAGAGAGUGAUUUAGAGACCGACAUCUGGACUGGAGACUGGUCCCUACCCGACUUAGACAUUUACUCUAAAGUUCAGACAGCAAGUGAGAUAUCUCAGUUGAAGUUUGACUAUUAA